UACACUGGCAGGUGGAUUCUUUAGCACUAGUGCCACCUGGAAGACCAUAUACAACUAUAUAUCAUGUUUAAUCUAUAUGAUAAAUAUAAAAUGUCCUUUGAUUUUUAAUAACAAUUUUUGUAUUAAAGUCUACUUUGUGUGAUAUUUGUAUAGCCACUCUUUCUUGGUUACUGUUUGCAUAGCAUAUCUUUCCCAACAUUUUAUUUUCAACAAAGAUUGAAUCUAAAGUGUGUCUUCUGUAGAAAGUAUAUAGUUGGAUCUUUUUUCAUCUAUCCUGUUAAUAUCUGUCUUUUAAUUGGAGUAUUUAACACAUUUACCUUAAAUGCAUUAUUGAACAGAAAAGAUUUAUGUCAUCCAUUUUACUAUUUGUUUUCUUCACACCUUAUGUCUUUUUUUGCUUGUCUAUUUCUCUAUUACUAACAUCUUUGUGAAAUAGAUAUUUUCCAGUGUACUAUUCUAAUAUCCUUUAAAGAUCAUAUAUAUAAAAAUGAGUUAUUUUCUUAGUGGUUUCGAUAGAUUGCAAUUAACAUUGUAUAACCAUUUACUUUGGAUUAAUACCAACUUAGUUUCAAUAGUAAAUAAAAACUCUGCUCUAAUAUAUCUCUUGUGAUACCCUUGUCAUAUAAGUUACAUUUUUAAACAAUGAGUGUGUGCCCGUCAACAGAAAUCUAAAAUUAUUGCUUUAUUUAAUCAUUGUUUAAAUCAUACAGAAGGAAAGCACUACAAACAAAAAAUACACUUAUGUUGUUUUAUAUUUACCUAUGUAUUUUUAACAGUAUUCUUUAUUUAUUCAUAUGGAUUUGGGUUACUCUCUAAUGUCUCUUUUUAGUCUGAAGGAUUCUCUUUAGUAUUUCUUGGGUUUACUGACUGUAACAGAACUUAGGGAGAUUAACACCCCUUAGGUUUUAUUUACCUGGCACUGGGAUUUAUUCUUCAUUUCUGAAGGAUAGUUUGAUUGGGUAUAAAAUCCUUGGACAAUGGCUUUUUUCUUUCAGAAGUGCUUUCUGGCCUCCAUGGUUUUUGACAAGAAAUUAGCUGUUAAUCUUACUGAGGAGUCCCUGUAUAUAAUAAGUCUUUUCUCUUUGCUUACAGGGUUCUUUGUCUUUUGAUAUUUAAUUAUGCUAUUAACAUAUCUCUGGUAUGGAUCUCUUCAAAUUUAUUCUACUUGUAGUUCACUGAGCUUCCUAGAUGUGCACAAUGCUUUCAUUAAAUAUGGGAAGAUUCUUGCUAUUUAUUUAUUCAAAUAUCCUUUCUGUCCCUUUCUCUCCUGUCAUCCUGACUUUAUUAUGCAUAUACUGGUACAUUUGAUGGCAUCCCCACAAGUCUCUGAGGCUCUGUUAAUUUUUCUUAAUUCUUUUUUCUUUCUGUUCUUUAGCCCAGGUAUCUUAAUAGAUGUAUCUUCAAAGUCUGUGGAUUCUUUCUUUUGCCAGGUCAAAUCUGCUGUUGAGCUUGACAAAGAGGAUUUUUUUUUCCCCUGAUUUCACUUACUGUACUUUUCUACACCAAAAUUUCUUUAUUUUUUAUAAAAGUAAUCUCUUUAUUGAUAUACUCUACUUGGUGAGAUAUUGUUCCUAUAUUUUCCCUUCAUUCUGUAGAUACAGUUUCCUUUAGUUCUUCAAACAUAUUUAAAAUAUCUCUUUAAAAAUCUUUAUCUAGUAGUCUAAUUUUGGGCUUCCUUAGGGACAGUUUCUACUGAUUGUUUCUCCCCCACAUAUAUUUUCUUGUUUUGUUGAAAACUGGACAUUUAAAAAAAUAAACAGCAAUUUUGGAAAUCAGAUUUCCUAUCCAGGGCUUGUUAUUACUGCUGUUUGUUAUGGUAGUCAUUUGGGGACUUUUCUAAAUUCUGUAAGGUUUAUAUUUUGUCAAAGGUGCCACUGAUGUCUCUGUCUGAUUAGCAGAGUGGUUAGUUAAUGACUGGACACAGACUUCCUUAAAUGCCAGACCCUUUGCUGAAGGGCUCUGUGUACAUGUUGGGUAAUGCCUUCAACAAUCAGUUAGGUGGUUUGCUUAGCCAGCCCCAGGCUAUUAGGCUUAGUCUUCAGUUUCGGCAAAGGGGGAAACAGAAUCCUUGGGUGGAGUCCCUGUUUCAUCUCUCAGCUACUGCUCUAUCCAGGUUGCAAACAUGUCUUACAAAAGAGAAUUAAAGGCAGAGUUGGAACGUAAGAAGCAGUGGUUGGCUCAAAUCAGAGAGGAAAAGGAAGAAGAAAGAAAGAAAAAGGAAACUGAUCAGAAGAAGGAAGCAGUUGCUCCUGUGCAAGAAGAAUCAGAUCUUGAAAAAAAGAGAAGAGAAGCUGAAGCAUUGCUUCAAAGCAUGGGUCUAACUGCAGAAUCCCCCAUUGUCCCUCCUCCUAUGUCUCCACCCUCCAAAUCUGUGAGCACAUCAAGCGAAGCUGGGAGCCAGGACUCUGGAGAUGGUGCAGUGGGAUCUAGACGAGGACCUAUUAAACUUGGAAUGGCUAAAAUUACACAAGUUGACUUUCCUCCUCGUGAAACUGUAACAUACACAAAGGAAACUCAGGCUCCAGUCAUGGCUCAACCCAAAGAAGAUGAAGAAGAAGAUGAUGUGGUGACUCCUAAACCACCUACUGAACCUGAGGAAGAGAAAACUUUAAAGAAAGAUGAAGAAAGUGAUAGUAAAGCUCCUCCUCAUGAGCUGACUGAAGAAGAAAAGCAGCAAAUCUUGCACUCUGAGGAAUUUUUAAGUUUCUUUGACCAUUCCACAAGAAUUGUAGAAAGAGCUCUUUCAGAGCAGAUUAACAUCUUCUUUGACUACAGUGGAAGAGAUUUGGAAGGCAAAGGAGGAGAGAUUCAAGCAGGUGCUAAACUGUCAUUAAAUCAAGAAUUUUUUGACGAACGUUGGUCAAAGCAUUGGGUUGUUAGUUGUCUGGAUUGGUCAUCUCAGUAUCCAGAAUUACUGGUGGCUUCCUAUAACAACAAUGAAGAUGCUCCUCAUGAGCCUGACGGUGUGGCCCUUGUAUAGAAUAUGAAAUACAAAAAAACUACUCCAGAGUAUGUGUUUCACUACCAGUCAGCUGUUAUGUCUGCUACGUUUGCAAAAUUUCAUCCAAAUCUGGUUGUGGGUGGUACAUAUUCAGGCCAAGUUGUGCUGUGGGAUAACCGUAGCAAUAAAAGAACUCCCAGGCAGAGAACUCCGCCAGCUGCGGCACACACACAUCCUGUAUAUUGUGUAAAUGUUGGGACAAAGAAUGCUCACAAUCUGAUUAGUAUCUCUACUGAUGGAAAAAUUUGUUCGUGGAGCCUGGACAUGCUUCCCCAUCCACAGGAUAGCAUGGAAUUGGUUCAUAAACAGUCAAAGGCAGUCGCUGUGACAUCUAUGUCCUUUCCUGUUGGAGAUGUCAACAACUUUGUUGUUGGAGGUGAGGAAGGUUCUGUAUACACAACAUGUCGCCAUGGCAGCAAAGCUGGAAUCAGUGAGAUGUUCAAGGGCCCAGGACCAAUUACUGGCAUUCAUUGUCAUUCAGCUGUUGGAGCAGUGGACUUCUCACAUCUUUCUGUCACUUCAUCAUUUGACUGGACAGUAAAACUUUGGACAACUAAGAAUAACAAGCCUUUGUACUCAUUUGAAGAUAAUUCAGACUAUGUUUAUGAUGUUAUGUGGUCACCCACUCACCCAGCCCUGUUUGCCUGUGUGGAUGGCAUGGGUAGGCUGGAUUUGUGGAAUCUCAAUAAUGGCACAGAGGUGCCAACUGCAAGCAUUUCUGUGGAAGGUAAUCCUGCUCUUAAUCGUGUAAGAUGGACCCAUUCUGGAAGAGAGACUGCUGUGGGUGAUUCUGAAGGACAGAUUGUUAUAUACGAUGUUAGAGAGAUUGCUGUCCCCCAAAAUGAUGAAUGGGUACUGUUUGGACGAACACUUGCAGAAAUUAACACAAACCGAGUGGAUGCAGAGGAGGAAGCAGCUACCCAAAUACCUGCUUAGCUCCUGAAGAGAGAAUAUGUAGCCUUCAUGGAUUUGGGGAAGACUCGAAGUGGAUCCUAAACUAUUUGCAUGCUUCUGUCUAAAUGAUAAUUAAAAGGAAAUUUCGUGGACAACUAUGGAUUUAAUGCAGCAAGCAAGUCUUACGAAGUCCUUUUUUAUAUGAUAUGCAUCUUGUUUUGAAUCUGUGUCAUUUUUAAUACAGCUGAUUGACUUUACAGAAUGCAGCCUUUUCUGAAUUCUUAUACACAGGUGUAUAUUUGGUAUUCUUUUGAAGUCUUUUCAGUUUAUAACACUAUAUACAGUUAUUUCUAAAGCACAGAUUAUGGUCUACAUAUUUUUAAAUAACCACAAUU